UUGUGUAUUAAAGGCGACCAGAAUCGCGCAGGAUCGGUGACGCGUCGCGUUCGGCCGUCGUUCGCGGAUGACGUUUAUGACAAGGAGCACCAUCAGAGCAGCGCUGAAGAUGGCGGCGACAGCGGCAGUCUAGCAGCGGCGACUGGUGAUGGUAGAGAUAAUAGGGGCGUGGCCAGCGCGAAAGCCCCGCCCCCGCACUUUGGCACACCGCCAAUGAGUCAACAGUUUGGCGCAGUGCCAGCCGAUAUAAUCAUCGAAUGUGGCGGCACAUGCGGCGCUAAUGGGACGGAAAUGUGCGAGUCAGCGCUAGCGCAACGCCGGUCAGCCCAACUGCCGAAACUCAAAGAUAUCGCGUCGGGAACCAGAGCAGGAGGGGGCGGAGCCAGUGGAGUGGGCGGGGAGACGCAGGGUGGAGGGGGCGGGGCUCGGAUGAGAGCCGAGAGUUCGGAGUUUUCGGAGGAAUUUAGAAAUUUCGUGUUGCAGUCGCGUUUCGAGAUGACCGAUUUGGAGUUUGUGUACACGGAUUGCGACACGCACGCGGCCGAAUUGGCAGAGUUGUACACGUACAGCGAGAUUGACGACUGGGCGUUGAAUGUGCAGGCGUAUAGGAAUUAUGCGGACAGCAAGAGGGUGGGUUUAUUUUUUAUUAUUAUUUAUUAUUAUUAUUUAAUAUAUUUAUUAUAUAUUGUUAUUAUUUAUUAUAGUUAUAUUUAUUAUUAUUAA